AUGGCGGAAAACGGCCAGGAUUGGAAGAGGGAGGAUGAAGAUGAUGGUGAUCAAGAGAUUGACGAGACGACAUACAAGGCACAGAAAGAUGCCAUCAUAAUGGCCAUUGAAGUCAGCGACUCUAUGAUGAAGCCGCCACCGCCAUCGGAUUCCAAGAAGGCGGACCAAGAUAGUGCUCUCGAGGCAGCCCUAAAAUGCGCUUACCAUUUGAUGGAGCAACGCAUCAUAUCCAACCCUAAGGAUAUGAUGGGCAUUCUACUCUUUGGAACUAAAAAGACCAAAUUUUAUAACGACGAAGACGGCCGUAAUGGCUUGGGAUAUCCUAACUGCUAUCUUUUCACGGACCUUGACAUCCCCUCUGCGGAUGACGUCAAGGUGCUUAAGAAUCUUGUUGAGGAUGGCGAAGACGACGAUGAAGUAUUGACGCCAUCAAGUGAUCGCGCCAUCAUGUCGAACGUGCUCUUCUGCGCAAACCAAAUCUUUACAACAAAGGCUGCAAAUUUUGGAAGCCGACGCCUAUUCAUCAUUACCGACAAUGACAACCCUCACCCUUCCGACAAGGCGGCUAUGUCGGCAGCUGCGGUUCGAGCCAAAGAUCUUUAUGACUUGGGUGUCACAAUUGAUCUAUUUCCAAUCACUAGAGAUGAUUCCAAGUUUGACUUGUCGAAAUUCUACGACGAUAUUGUGUACCGCGAUCCGAUUGCGGAAGCCAAUAGCACUGCGGUGGCGAUUUCCAAGUCGGGCGACGGGCUAUCUCUUCUAAGCUCUUUGACCUCAAAUAUCAACUCUAAACAGACGCCGAAACGAGCCAUGUUUUCAAAUUUACCAUUUGAGAUUGCGCCUGGUUUACGAAUCUCAGUAAAAGGAUACAAUGUGCUCCAUCGACAAACACCAGCCAGGACAUGUUACAUUUGGUUGGAAGGAGAAAAACCUCAGAUUGCCACUGGAGAAACCACAAGACUGGCCGAGGACAGCACCAGAACGGUUGAGAAAGGAGAGAUGAAGAAGGCUUACAAGUUUGGUGGCGAAUACGUCUACUUUACCCCUGACGAGCAAAAGUCUCUCAGGGAUUUCGGACCGCCUGUUAUUCGCAUCAUUGGCUUCAAACCCCGCAAGUUGCUACCAAUUUGGGCUAGUGUAAAAAAGUCGACAUUCAUCUUCCCCAGUGAAGAGGAUUUCGUUGGUUCCACUCGUGUAUUUACAGCACUAUGGCAAAAGUUGAUCAAAGACAACAAAAUAGGCAUUGCAUGGUGUAUCGUACGGAGCAAUUCCCAACCAAUUCUCGCUGCGAUCGUGCCGUCCAGGGAACGGUCUGAUGACAAAUCUGGAACGCCAUACUUGCCAGCGGGACUCUGGAUAUAUCCACUGCCUUUUGCUGACGACUUGAGAGAGAUCAAGCCUCCAGAUGGCGUGAUGCAAAGCUCUGAUGAGCUGAAGACGCAAAUGAGGACGAUUGUGCAGCAACUACAGCUACCAAAGGCAAUGUACAAUCCGCUCAAGUACCCCAACCCUGCGCUGCAAUGGCACUACAAGAUUCUCAAAGCUCUUGCUCUGGAAGAGGAAGUGCCGGAGACCGCCGAGGACGCUACCAAGCCGAAGUACAAGGCUAUCAGCAAGCGAGCUGGUGGCUACUUAGAAGAGUGGUCGGGCAAACUUGAAGAAGAUGCGGGAACGGCUAGAACGUCCAAAUCGUUGAAACGGGAAGCCGAUGAUGAAGUAUCCUAUCGUCCGGUAAAGCAAAGGCGCGGCGCGUCAGGGCAGGUGAAUCCGUCUUCCAUGUCGGUGGCAGAGCUCAAAGAAGCCAUCGCGAGCGGAGCAAUCAUGAAAAUGACGGUUUCUCAACUGAGAGAUAUAGCCGGCUCUAAGGGACUCAGCACGGCAGGCAAGAAAGCAGAACUGGCGGAGAGAAUAGAGCAAUGGCUAGAUGAUGAUGCGUAG